CUUCACAGUACGGAGAUGAUGUUGUGCAUUCAAAGCCGCCGUGGGGGUUUCCCGCUGCUGACGGGUUGAAACCAGAAUGAUUCUUCGGAAAUGCACCACGAUCGUGACGCUGGAUAUGGAGGGUAUUAUAUCAGCCUCCUGAGGUUGCGGAUCACUUCUGCGUGGAAAGCGCACGAGCUUCAAAGGGCGAUUCUGGUCAGCUUCUCUGUUCGACACCUUCACGCUCCAAAAUGGGAAAGCCACAGCUUCACGUUGCGGUCAUCGGCGCCGGUCUAGGUGGGCUUGCAGCUGCUAUUGGCAUGACUAGAGCUGGUCACAGAGUCACCCUUCUCGAACAAGCGCCUCAAUUGGGCGAAGUUGGGGCAGGUAUACAAAUUCCACCAAACACCACGCGAAUCCUGGCUCGAUGGGGCAUACUCCCAGCUAUCGAAAAGGUCUCUGUCCGGCCCAACAAUAUCAUUAUGCGCUCUUACCGAGACGGCAAAGUUCUUUCAAGUCAGCCUCUGAUUCCAAUGUGCGAAGAUGUUUACGGCUAUCCUUACCUCCAUAUCCACCGUGCCGACUAUCACAAGAUCCUGGUUGAGGAGGCGAGAAAGUGCGGCGUCGAGAUCCAGCUUGAUAGUUACGUGACCGGAAUCGACUUCGAGCGGCCAGCUGUCCAUGUCAAGAAUCGACCGGAUCCUCUCGUAUGCGACCUCAUAAUCGGCGCUGACGGCCUGAAGAGUGUCUGCCGCGAAGCACUACUCGGACGUCCAGACCCGCCUUACUUGACGGGGGACUUAGCAUACCGAAUCACCGUACCGGCUGAAGCAAUGAAAGCUCACCCGCUGUUAACUGACCUGGCCGCCGUGCCUAAUCUCAACAUAUGGCUCGGACCGGACAGCCACGUCGUUUGCUACCUUCUCAGGGGUGACAACCUGUACAACAUCGUCAUCGCGUCUCCCGACAAUUUGCCCGAGUUGGUCAACCAGCAGAAGGCCGACUUGGAGGAGAUGCACGCGCUAUUUAGGGGGUGGGACCCCAAACUCCGUGCGCUGCUCGACUUGUGCAAGGAGACGUCGAAAUGGCGCCUCCAGAACUCGCGCGAGAUGAGGUCCUGGUGCCACCCAUCGGGCAAGUUCACUUUGUUGGGGGAUGCAUGCCACGCGACCUUGCCGUACCUAGCGCAGGGCGCGGCACAGGCGGUCGAGGACGCUGCUGUCCUGGCGGGACUGUUCGAGAAGAUGGAACACAGGUACCAGCUGGCCGAUCUCUUGACGAUUUACGAAGCGGUGCGCAAACCUCGGGCCAGCCACGUUGUUCAGAGCAGUUCGAACACGGGCCAGACGAUAUACCAUCUGCACGAUGGGCCGAGGCAGAAGGAGCGGGAUAGACAGUUGCUUGAGUUCCAGGAACGGCCCUUCCAGGGGUACCAGAACAGAUGGCGCGAUCCAGUGUUUCAGAAGUAUCUGUUCAGUUAUAACGCGCAGAAGGUCGUGGAGGAGGCAUGGCAAGUCUACCGUGAGGGACGGUUUCCAGGGACCGCGGGCGAGUUUGGCAAGGAGAGUGAGAGUGUUACACAGGCUGGGAGCAAGGAGGUGCGCGAAUUGAGGAGGGCGGAGGAUCGGGAGAGAGGUGGUGGGAGUCCGAGGGAGGCGAAGCUGUAAUAUUACAAGUCAAAGACUUGCAUUUUCGGAAGACGGGGAGUCGUGGUCGGUGGUUGCUGUGCUCAUCUACGUAGUAUAGCGUUCGAGUGAUGUUGGGUUUCUGCUUUGGAUGGCAUGGAUCAGGGGACAGUCACUGAGAUAUGCACAGUCACACAGUCAGGUGUGAGUACCUGGGUUACAAAUUCUUGCAUAUAAUCCUAUCAUUCUUGUCCUCCG